AUGGGCUCGAAGAAGCAGAGAUUGAAGGCGGCGAAGGUGAGCACAACCCCAUCGGCUAAACCGACAACCACCGAGCAUGGACAAACACUUCGAGCCGUCCGCUGCCACUGCGUGGCAUGCGAGAAAGGCUUCAAGGUAGCUGGCAUAGACACCAACUCUCCUUUCCUUCGCCUGCAUAGAGAGAUCCGUGACCGUAUCUACGAGGAGCUACUUGUCGCCAAGCUGUCGCCGGCAAACCAGGCUCAGAUCGACCAGAUCAAUGCUGCUUCGGACACUCCGCUCGAGGAGUACGGUCGGCAGAAUGCGCUGGAACUCUAUGGUAGCGACACCGUGAUCCUUCCUGGCGCCAACGAGCGAUACCGCUACCGCUUCAUCAUCAAGGCCGUGGGUUUACUGCUUGCAAACAAGCAGAUCAACGCCGAGGCAAACAGCAUCCUCUUCAGCAAGAAUAUCUUCGGUAUCAUGCCUGAGUGGGAGCGUAUCUAUCCCUUCUGGCGCUGCGAUAACAAAACGUGCGACCCACCAGGUGCGCCAUGCUAUCUGAUGUUCCACAACUUCCUGCAAAUCAAGCACGUCAACAUCAUGGACCGCGUGCGCAAGAAUGAGUGUAUCAACUUGCUCCACAACAACAUCACUAUCGUGCGCUUCUUCAAAUCCGCCCAGAUCAAGCUGAAGACACUAUCGAUUAGUUACUCAGGCUGCUUCGGUGGCGAAGUGGAGUACAUGCGCGACGACUUCGAAGGUCCACUCCCUCCUGGUAUGCCUGCGCGGCUCAUCUCCAUGAGAGAUAUGCAUGGGGAGUUCUACAAUCUGACUCGUGAGGAGGCACGGCAGACUCUCUUUAGAGAUCACGAGGUCAUGGAACCUUUCAAGCAAUGGUAUGGCGCUGCAGAAGAGGUCACUGUUCGUGGCGAGAUGCCGCAAGCGUUCAUCGGUGAACUUGUCGCUGCCCUCACUAAUCAAAGUCAAUCAUCUGUGACGAAGCGCGUGGCGAAGGCGAAGGCUGCAAAUGCUGCUCGUGGUCCAAAGAUCAAUGACUCGAGCAUUUGGGUGGAAAUGAGGGACGAUGCGCUUGCGAUGGGCAACCAAAGCUUGGCAGAUAUGGCGGAGCAGAUGAUGCAGACCUCCAUCAAGUCACCUGCUGUGAUGCAGCACCUGUUCGGUGACCUGGGCGGUCCGUUCAUGUCACCGCAGACUGGCAACGAUACUGCUCAACAACCGACUGCUAACAACGCUACUGGCCGUAUGACUGUCAAUACGGGCAGGAGCAUUGCAGCAACCACAAGCAAUGGUACGACGAGCAACAAUGGCGGGAUUGGCACGGUCAACGGCAAGAUCGUCUUCGGCCCACCUCGUCCACUAAGCAUGCUCUAG